UGAAACGAGAGCAGAAGAAGAUCCCGAACUAGAGGAUCUUGGCUGGAGCUGCUGCUGCCCCCCCUAUCAUGUUAUUGAUGCUCACCAUGUCGAUGUAGAGGGGGAAACCAAAACCAAGAACGACCAUCCUGACCCGAAACGGAGUCUGUAAGAUGGCCGGAGAGGAGGAGAGGGGGGUGGUCCGCGUCAAAGUCAAGAAAUGCGAUGGCGUGCUGCCUGUGGAGUUUCGCUCCUUCGCUGUCGACCCUCAGAUAACUUCCCUGGAGGUCCUGCAGCACAUCCUCAUCAGAGCGUUUGAUCUGAACGGGAAGCGGAAUUUCGGGAUCAGUUACCUUUCUCGGGACCAGAGCGGAGCUGAAAUGUAUCUGCCUCUGCUGUCCGACCGGGAUUUGGAUGUCGCUUUUCUCUCUGCAGCCAAACCACAUCUGCAGCUCAAGAUGGACAUCAAGCCGUCAGAAGACAGUCCUGUCAUGGAGGACUGGGACAUCAUCAGCCCCAAAGACGUGAUUGGCUCUGAGCAGCUCCUUGCAGAGAGGACCAGGUCUUUGGCGUCUGCAGCUCUUCCGUUCACACAGUCUCUACUCUCUCAGGUGGGGCGGACCCUGACCAAAGUGCAGCAGGCGUUCAGCUGGACGUACGGGGAGGAGAUCAGACCUUUCAAACCCCCUCUGAGCGACGCAGAGUUUCAUAGUUACAUGAACGGACAGGGUCAGCUGACGCGGCCCGAGGAGCUCAGACUGAGGAUCUACCACGGCGGCGUGGAUCCUUCACUGCGCAAGGUGGUGUGGCGGUACCUCUUGAACGUCUACCCCGACGGCCUGAGUGGACAGGAGAGAAUGGACUACAUGAAGAGGAAGACGCGGGAGUACGACCAGCUGAAGAGGGAGUGGACGGCGCGGGUCAGCGGCGAGGACCUCGAGUUCAUCCGCGGUAACGUUCUCAAAGACGUCCUGAGGACCGACCGGGCUCAUCCGUACUACGCCGGCUCAGAGGACAGUCCACACCUGACGGCCCUCACAGAUCUGCUCACCACAUUUGCCAUCACACAUCCACAGAUCUCGUACUGUCAGGGCAUGAGUGACAUCGCCUCACCUAUACUUGCUGUAAUGGACAAUGAGGCCCACGCAUUCAUCUGCUUUUGUGGCAUCAUGAAACGUCUGGAGGGGAACUUUCGUCCGGACGGCCAGCUCAUGUCCGUGAAGUUUCAGCAUCUGAAGCUUCUUCUGCAGUACUCAGAUCCAGAGUUCUACUCUUACCUGGUGUCCAAAGGAGCAGACGACCUCUUCUUCUGCUACCGCUGGCUGCUCCUAGAGCUGAAGAGAGAGUUUGCGUUCGACGAUGCCUUGAGGAUGCUCGAGGUGACCUGGAGCUCCCUGCCUCCAGAUCCCCCUGAAACCGAGGUGGAGCUUCUGGGACCGCCGCAGGAGGCCGAGGAAACAAUAUCCUGCAGAGACAAGAACAAGGCUGUGGAGAAUUUCCUCAGAGAAGAUAAGGAACAAAAGGAGAAGCAGCGUAGACGACACAUGCUGAGGCCUUCAAGAGAAGAACCAGAUAUGAGCAGGAAUAAUGUCUCAGAAGAAAAAGGAACUGAGAAGGGAAGCGAGGGCAGCGAGUGUCCUACCCCUCGAGUGAACAUGGAACAACCAGACAUGCAGGCCGUUCCCUUUGAGAGGCAGACUAGUUUCGGAGAGUUUAAAUACUACACAGCUCGAAACGAGGAUAGCUUUGAUAUGGAGGACGCUGAGCAGCCACGGGACAUGGUGGUCUCAAAGUCCUCCACGAGCAUCCAAAGUCGUCAGUCCACAGUGGACAGCGAGGAGGACCCAGGAGAGAGAACACCUCUCAUAAAGAACUGUGAAAACGGUCUCUCUCCAAUGUCCUCCCCGCCUCUGCUUCCUAAUGGCCUUCCGAUCUGGAAAGCAGGCCCCUCUGCCUCCCCCACGUCUUCAGCUUCACCCUCCAGCUGGCCGGGCGCUUCUCCAGACUCUCCUCCCAAAUCCACAUCCCCAUCCCUGUCCACUGGAAGAGAGGCCUUCGCGAGAACUGUCCAGAAAGUCUUGACCUCCUCCGCCCAGGUGCUCGGCAGCACAGGGAUUAACUCGCCCACGACCCCCACUCUAAAAUCAUCUGUUGCCUCUCCCUCCCACACUCAGAGUCGCUCCCUACUCUCCUCGCCCAUUCUGUCCUUUGGAAGAGGCCCGUCGCUGUCUGGCAACAGGUUAUCUUCCAGCAAUCUCCCUUCACCUGGCAACAAAACCCCCAGCACAGCAGCUAACACGCCCGGCUCCUUGAAAGCCGAGACCACCAGCAUCAAACCGUGCUCCCUGCCGCCUCCUCAGGAGUUCGGCAAAGGAAACCCCUUCAUGCUGUUCCUGUGCCUGUCCAUCCUGCUGGAGCACCGAGACCACAUCAUCAAGAACAGCUUGGAUUACAACGAGCUGGCCAUGCACUUUGAUCGCCUUGUGCGGCGCCACAACCUGAGCAGGGUGCUGCAGCGAGCCAAGGCCUUAUUCGCAGACUACCUGCAGAGCGAAGUGUGGGACUCAGAAGAGGGGGACGAGGUUAGCUCGGACUCUCCGACGACGGCCACAGCUGCUCCACACUCCCCUUCUUCCCCCGUCUCUGCCAGACCCAUCUACAGCCCUUUAGCCUCGCCUCAGGCAUCUUCUCCGAACUCAACCUACAACCUCGCCACCACCAUUCCCUCCCCUACAGCUCAAGUUGCAGUUUCUUCCUCGUCCUGAGUCCUUAGAGCAUCCCCGGCUCCCCCUCCUCACUGAACUCCUCCUAGGUAGACUGUUUGUUGGAGGUGCAGAACUUUUUUUUAGAGCAGCCUCCCACAUCGGACUGAGCUGUUUUUAAUCUUCUCAUUCUGCGUAUGCUUGAAAACAUAUAUUCCUUGCGUCUGUAGUCAUCGCAAAUUUGUAUUAUUCAUCAGCCUUUGAACUUUUUUGGUUGUCUGUCUUUAAAGAAGGGAGAAAGGGCAAACUUUCUUAUCCCACCCUCUGUAGUUGCUGAUGCAUGAAAUGUAAAAACCCUGUGAUUCAGGUGUUUGAAGGUCAGACUGUUUGUCUGCUCCAGUUUGUCCGAACCAACAGAAGCCACUUGGUGCAUUUAGUCUGUGUUGCCCUCUUUAUUAACCUUUUUUUACACGCUCGUCUUUAUGUCCAAUAAGCCACAAAAGUGUCUUAACAAAAGUACUCAAGUUACAUUACUUACAAGUAAGGAAAUGAGAGUCUGAUUUGUUGAAAGUUUUUUUUUGCUCAAAAAAAGUUUUCUCAGCCAAACUUGGAAUCAAAGCAAAGCCAGCAAACGCUAUAUACUGACCGAUUCCUCCAGACCUAACCUGUCACUAUUAACCCCAAAUAAAAAAAAAUAUGAAUGAUAGGGUGUUAAAAACUUCUGCUGAGACGCUCCUUAAAACUGUGUUCUCAGUAAGCAUAUGAGAAGCAGCGCAGCAGCAUUCAGAGUCGACGCAAACAGAGUCAAAGGAUUCAAAUACGUAUGAAUUAUUUGUGCGCAUUCCGGGGAUGAUUUAAAAAAAAAAAAGUUCUGUCUCUUUAUCCUGUUAUCUUGUUGCCGUGGACUGAAUCAUUUUGCAGAUUCUGCCAACAAGGUUAAAUGUUUCUGGAAAGGCUGACUGCUUCUGUAAAAAGUUCCAACAGGAUUUUAUUUCUCAUAAUGCAGUAACUGUGACGUUGAGGAGACGUUUGUGUGACAGACGUUUUGAGCUUCGUUCAAACUCGCAUCAGCAAGAGAUUCUUGGGUUCGUGCAAUGAUUUAAUGUAAAGCUAAAAAAUGCUGAAACACUCAGAAAUGUUUUCAUUUGCUUUUUGUGUUUAAUGUGUUUGUAAUUCACAAUAGAAAGAAAUAAUUCUCUAGUUGAACAUGACAAAGUAGAUGAUCAUGUUUUGACAGACUGUGUUAGGAGUGAGGUACUUUUCAAUACCACAUGUUUACAAUCCAAUCUGGGUUAUUUUGAUAACCUGGAAGUAAUGAAGCUUUAGAAAAGCCCAUCAGAUCUUUGGUCGUUAUUUUAACUAAAAGCUGUGAACAAAAGAGGGAGAGCACUGUCGAUACGUAUCAUCAGAAUCAGAAAUACUUUAUUAAUCACUGGGGGGAAGUUCAGUAAAUACGUUGGCACAUUUCAGUCCUGAAAUAUUAACCAUGUACCUGUAUUUGUGUGUCCACCUCUGCUCUCUUGCUGUUUGUAAGAGACCUCAAAGUUUCUUUCCAAACUUUAUGGGACACCAAAAGGAUUUGAAAAAGUCAGAGUGGUCAGUAUUUGGACAUACGCUAAUCUCUCUCUCUCUUGCUGUUGGCGACUUUGUGUUAAAAAAUAUGACAGAAGAUCUGAGGUGUUUUGAAAGCUCCCGCACUUUUCGACACUAUCCAUUGUUAAAAAAAACUUUAUUGAUACAGUUUAGACAUUGUGCUGGAAUUUGCCUGCACAUUUUGGUAAAUAAAAACAAGAAAUUACCCAACAUUGGGGGCCUAGGACUUCUAAGUAUUGUUUCUGUGGUAUUGAAACAGGUAUCCAUAGUGAUGAAUUUGAACAAGUGUAGUACCUACGUUUAGAAACCUGGUAUUGCGACGACCCUAGUUAAGCUGUAAAUGGGUGCAGUUCUGCAGAGAUCAGUUUAUAAUUGAUCUGUGCUGAUCCCAUUCUGUUGAUUCUCUGUGUGUGCUGGACUCAUGAAGUCAAACUGCAACAGCAGUCAAUGAAGUACUGUAUUUAAUGUAACGCCGUGUCGGAUCAUUUCUCAGAGAUGUAUUAUUUCAGCACUUGCUUUUUCCCAAAGGAUUUUUUUUUUUCUUCUGAACUUGAUUUCCUUUUCUAAUUGAAUGCAUAAUAACUGACAGUAACUGUUCUUUGUGUUGUUGUGAUGAGAAGGGGAAUCCUGGCUGUGUAAUUGUCUUGUCGAUAGCAUUCUUCUGUGUGAUAGACAGAUUAUAAAGGGGAAUACGACGUGCUAAAACUUGACAUGACCAAUGACAAAACGUUUAUCUUGUGUGCAACCUUUUGGCUGAGAAGUGCCUCACUUGUUUUAAUCAGUCAGAAGCCUUGUUUUGUGUUUGUUUUGUGCUCCUCGUCCAUGUCCUUAUCGUCUCAUCACGGGCUGACUUAUAAUUCUGGGCUGCGUGGAACUUGAAUUAGAUAAUUAUUUGACAGAUUUAAAGGGAAUCCUGUUGUGGGAAAAGUGAUGACUAACUCCUGAUCCUGUGUUUCCAUUUGAUUUAAAAUUGCUGAAAUGCAACUUCAACUUUAAUUUUCAUUUCCAAAUUUGAAAGAGCUGAAUGUUCAAAUGUUUAAGAUUCGUAGAAAUGUAAGUUUUGACAAAAGAAAUCCACCGGUCAGCCGUAGUGUGCCCAUGUGGAACCACUAUAUUCCUUUGUUUUCAUGAUGUGAACAUAUGGACAUGGCUCAGCCUUAUAUGAUGUGAACUAUCAGUUAAAAUAAUGUGGAUGAACGCUGUGCAUGGCUGCAGACUGAAAGGGAAACAGUUUGAACUAAUGUGUGUAUCAUGUGUGUAUAAAACCUAAGACGUAAACAGCUUGGUUAUGUAACGGCGAGCCCAAAACCUUAACUUUUCUCUCCGCUCGUUGCUGAUGUUUUGGAUCUCUACUCAAGCCGUGUGAGAAAUGAAGGAUUUGGUGCCACAAAAGCAAAGACAAGGAGGUCAUUUAAUCUCUGCAUUGCUUAGCUUUACUUAAUUAUUUCUUUUCAGUGGCCUAUAUUACAUAUCCUCAGUAGUCUGUGAUGCAGCAGGCUGAACAGGAAGUCUGAUAAAUCCACCUCCAAUGGGGAGAUCCCUCUUUGACGAUUUAAUCUGUCAAAGCAGAAGCUAAAAUAUUCUGAUAUGUUCAGAAAGACCCCAUGUGAUUAUUGUGGUUGUUAUAAUCCAACAUUUGGUUUUUGACUCCUUUUUGUAUAUCAGUAUUUAACAGCGUAUUUAAAAAGAACUAACAUAACUGGAUCGGCUGGACUACGAGCUGGCAAUAUGUGCAUUUGUAAAAAGGAAAAAAAAAAGGAUUUGUUUAUCUCGUUAAAUUAUAUAUGUGCACAAAAGUUACAAUUUUUAAACAUACGACACAACAAUGUUACUGAUUGUAUAUUGGACACAAAUAAAUAAUCAAUGCAAAUUUC